AAAAAUAUCUGCCUUCAAUUUCAAUUUCUCAGCCCGAGAGGCUCGGAACCGAACCACCAUUGACCAUUCCACCAGUGGCUUCUUUUCCAUUUAAUUUAGGAAAAAAAAGAAGAGAAUUAAAUUUAAUAAAUUAUUACUACAUUAAAGAAAGAAAAAAAUAAGGGGAAAAGGGAAACCCAGAGAGUGAAAGCGUAGGAAAAGUUUCCCUCUUCUUUCUUUCUUUCUUUCUUUCUUUCUUUCCCCCCUGUCUCCUCUCGUUUCUCUUAUUCUCCAAUCUCUUGUUGGAGAUCUUCUUCUGCUGCAUUCUCUUUGGUUUCUCUCUCUCUCUGUCUCUGGGAGGGGAAUCAUAAUAACUGCUAGAAAGAAAGUGCCGUCGAUUCAUAUAUACUGUGAUAUAAAUACUAUAUACAAACAGAGACAGACUCUGUUUAGUCAGUCGCGUGGUUUUGGAUUUCUGGGCUCGCCUGAAUUCCAUGGGAAAGCUCUGAAAUUCGGCGAUUUGUCGUACUGGGUUGUUGUUAAAUAAGGUUUUUGGAGGAAGGAGGAAGAAAUGGCGACAGAGCGAAGCUCUUCACAUAACUCUCUGGUUUCCGUUGUGGAGGACGUUCUUCAGAAGCAUGGAAUUCGGAGGAAUGGCAUUGAUUCCGCUUCGAGAAAAGUCGACGUAACUUCGGCUAGGCGGUACGAAGCUGCAGAAUGGCUAAGAAAGACGGUGGGAAUCGCUGGGGGAAGCAAGGAUUUGCCGUCGCAGCCAUCCGAGGAGGAAUUCAAGCUUGGAUUGCGAAGUGGGAUCAUCUUGUGCAAUGUGCUUAAUAAGGUUCAACCAGGGAGAAUCGCUAAGGUAGUAGAAGGCCCUGAUGAUUCAUAUAAUACGGCUGACGUGGCACCGCUGUCAGCAUACCAGUACUUCGAGAAUAUGAGGAAUUUCCAUGUGGCUGCUGAGGAAAUGGGGCUUCCAUCUUUUGAAAACUCUGACCUGGAGCAGGGAGGGAAGUCAGCAAGGGUCGUGAACUGUGUUUUGGCACUCAAAUCGUAUUACGAAUGGAAGCAAAACGGAGGAACUGGACAAUGGAAGUAUGGUGGAAACCCAAAACCAGGAGCCUCGCCAUUUGGCAAGUUUACAAGGAAGACUGCCGAGCCAUUUGGGAAUAGAGGAUCAUCAUCAUCAUCUGGUGGUGGUGGUGAUAGUGAUGCCAAUCGUGAUGAUUCUGAAGCAACCGGACCUCGUUCGUUGAACAUGCUAGUUCAGGCAGCGCUUUCACAUAGAAAUCAGGAAGAAAUCCCCAAUAUUGUGGAAUCUAUGCUGAGUAAACUGAUGGAAGAGUUUGAGCGUCGGCUGGCAACUCAAAGUGAAGUGAUGAAGACAUCAGAGAAGGAAGUUGCAGUAUCAACUGUGGAGUCUUCUCCUCCGGAAUCUCCUUCUAGUGAUAUGAAGAUGGAAGAUCAAGCUUCUCCACAGAUGGAUAGGGAGGAAUCUUACUGCGUGGAGUCGGGCAAUUUGCAGUAUAGUACUCGAGACAAAUCAGAUGAACUGAGUCAAGAAUCGAGGAGACAGCUUGCGAGACAGAGGAUGUUUGUUGAACAACAACAGAUGUACAUUCAGGAACUGAGACGAAACCUGCAUGCAACGAGAUCAGGAAUGCAGUUUCUACGGACCAAGUACCUGGAGGAGUUCAACAACCUAGGGAAGCACUUGUAUAGUCUUGCUCAUGCCGCUUCCGGGUACCAAAGAGUCCUCGAAGAGAAUCGCAAGUUAUACAAUCAAGUGCAAGACCUGAAAGGAAAAAUUAGAGUAUACUGCAGGGUGAGACCAUUUUUGCCAGGGCAAGCAAGUCGGUUCAGUACUGUGGAUCACAUAGAGGAAGGAAAUAUCUCCAUUAUCACACCUUCAAAGUAUGGGAAAGAAGGGAGGAAGAGUUUCAGCUUCAACAAAGUUUUCGGACCUAUGGCCACUCAAGCUGAAGUAUUUGCAGAUACUGAGCCACUAAUUCGUUCUGUUCUUGAUGGGUAUAAUGUCUGUAUCUUCGCUUAUGGCCAAACUGGUUCUGGGAAAACUUACACCAUGAGUGGUCCAAACGAGCUCACGGAAGAAAGCCUAGGUGUCAACUACAGGGCAUUAGGUGAUCUUUUCCAGUUAUCAGCUCAACGGAAAGAAGUUAUAAUCUAUGAGAUCUCAUGCCAGAUGCUUGAAAUUUACAACGAGCAAGUGAGAGAUCUCCUUACAAGUGAUGAAAUACGCAACAGUUCUAGCAAUGGAAUCAAUGUACCUGAGGCUGUCCUGGUACCAGUGUCAUCUACUUCUGAUGUCAUAAACUUGAUGAACACCGGGCAUAAGAAUCGUGCAGUGAGUGCCACAGCGAUGAAUGAUCGGAGUAGUCGAUCCCAUAGCUGUCUGACUGUUCAUGUUCAAGGAAGGGAUCUGACAUCCGGAAAUGUAAUUCGUGGCUCCAUGCAUCUAGUUGACCUUGCCGGCAGUGAGAGAGUCGACAAGUCUGAGGUAACCGGAGACCGAUUAAAGGAGGCUCAGCAUAUCAACAAGUCCCUUUCUGCAUUAGGAGAUGUGAUUGCUUCUCUUGCAGUUAAAAGUAAUCAUGUUCCUUACAGGAACAGUAAACUCACACAGUUACUCCAAGAUUCACUCGGGGGGCAAGCCAAGACGCUAAUGUUUGUCCACAUAAGUCCUGAGCCUGACACUCUUGGAGAAACACUCAGUACAUUGAAAUUCGCUGAACGGGUUGCUACUGUUGAGCUUGGUGCAGCCAAAGUUAACAAGGAAAGCACAGAGGUUAAAGAUCUCAAAGAUCAGAUUGCUAGCCUCAAGGCAGCUCUGGCAAGGAAAGAAGGAGGUGAGAUGGAUCAAUCCCAACAUUCCGGAUCAAGUACUCCAGAAAGACUCGGGUCGAGGACUGGUGGAAAUUCUCCUACCCAGCACAGUUGGCAUGGGGGAAAUAGCAGCAGGUCAAAUGGUCAUGGGCAAGCAAUUGAAGAAGCCAGCAACAACCAGGGUACGAAGAACUUAUCAUCACCAUCCAUGGUACGAAGGAGAAGCUUUGACCCAUAUGAUUUACGAGUAAACUCACCGCCAAAUUGGCCAGCCAGUGAAAGGGCAGCAUCAGAGAAUGGGAAGGAAGACGACAAGGAGUCGUGUUCAGGUGACUGGGUUGAUAAGGCAGUGGUGAACAAGAAUGAUGAGCAAUGGGAAGUGGAGAGCAGCAGACAAUUGCCAGAUGCAUUUCAUAAGGGUUUUGCCAGAAUCCACCCUGAAAUGUCGUCGUUUAAUCAUAAACCUGCAGCAAACAUCAACAGAAAGGAUAGCCACCAGCAGCAUCACCAAGAUUUUGAAAUGAGGAGCAGCAGGGGUGAAGCAAUGUCCACCGAUAGUUCGGAUGAUCUAGACCCUGGCACCAGUGAUUCAUCUGAGCCAGACUUGAUGUGUCAGUCUGCUUCUGCGGUUUCAAAUCUUCCUAGAAUGUCCAGCACCAGCAGUCUUCCCACCUUAACAGGAGGCGGUGCUACUAAAGUAAAGAAGCUGAAUACUAAGCCAUUGAAGACUACAGAGAUCAGGAGUAUGAUCCCAUCGUUGAUUCCUUCUCCUUCAUCAACUGCAAAGAAAAUACCUAAUGGGGUUAGUCUGGGGCUAAAGAAGCCAGUAAAGCAACAAAUCCUGGUGGAUGUGAAGAGGAAAAAUGGGUUUACGAAGUGAUCCACGACGAGGAGAGAGCGACAUAUAGUGUAUAAAGAUUGUGUAUUUGAGGAAUUAUGUUUCACUUUGACGUUUUAUCUUUUCAUUUAGUAUAUAGAGAAAAAAGAAAGCACAGAGAGAGAGAGAGAGAGAGAGUGAGAGAGAGAGAGAGAGAGAGGAAGAGGAGGAGGAGCUCUUUUACUUCUAUUUUUUUUUAUUUUGGGUUGGUUUGAGAAUUUGUUGAAGAAAGGCAAUCUGUUUUUGUUUGUGUUUCUCUUUCUUGUAUGUUGGGUGUUUUAUUUUUUUAAGAGAUAUCAAAAGAAAGAAAUGAGAAUUAU